AACAGACCUGAAACAAGCUUAAGGAGAAAAAAAAAUGUAUAUGGAAAAAUAACAGGAAUAAUAAUGCUGAAACAGAACAACCAGGAAAAAAAGAAAGCAAAGGGUCUUUUUUCUUUUUUUUUUUUUUUUUUCUUUGCAGUGGGGACAGCAGGUGGGAGCUUUCUAAGCCGGACAAAGGAGACCUGACAAGGAACUGUGGUGAAGAGACAAGCCCAAGGCAAAGAAGUGUCCGGUCACCUCCUCUCCUGGAGCAGGCAGCUGAGAUCUGCAUAGACAGGAGACAUUUUGCAAGACUCAACACCUGGAAGCAGUGCUAACCAGGUGAGCAGCCCCGAUGUCAGCCAAGCUCUACGUCCUCAUCAGCUGGCCCGACGGCAGCCGGGUGAUCAACAUCGAGAACAUCAAGGAGCCCCGCAAGCCCUUCCACCUCUACGCAGUGGGCGAGCAGGUGCUGGCCCGUUGCCCUGGCUUCAGCGGGCUCUACUGGGGGAUGGUGGAAGGCAUAAGUGAGCAUAAAGAUAUUUUAGAGAAGAAGCUGCUGGAGGGGAGACAGCUCCUGGAGAAGUUAAAAGAAGAACCGGCCGUCCACAGCAUGAUGCCACCCCAGCCAAAAAAAUCCAGAAAAACCUUCCCAAAAUGGACCCCGGGGAGCGCAUCCAGGAAAUAUCACGGCGACAGGAUUUACCCUGCCAAGCCGCUGCUGAGGGCGGCCGAGGCCAGCCUGCCCCAUGAGGCUGGCAGCUCCUCCAUCGCCAAGGAGAGACGUGCCCUGGGCAGCACGGCAGGAAGCCCCCGCUCGCUGGCGGGGCCCCCCCGCCCGGCCAGCGCCUUCACACCCCCAUCCACCUUUGUCACCAUGGCCAUGCCGGGGACUUCCCAGGGUGAAGAGGACAGGGCUGGUCCAGCUACUAGAGAUUAUGUCGCCCUGGCAAUGAAGAGGAAGUCAGAUGGCAUCUUACCCCAGUGCCAGCAACACCUCUGUCUGAACAGCUGUGAAGAGAGAAAGCUUGAUGCUUUGCAGGAGAUGGAUGACUUUGAGAGAGUUCAGAAAAAUUUUGGUCCUGGUGAAAUGGAAAGGGCAGAGAAGAUCGAGCAGCUGGAGAGGAUGGUGUUGGACCUCCAACAGGACGUCCUCUCUCUGAAGAAGAAGGUGCAGAGGCUGGAAUCCCUGUCCUUCCAGGAGGAUCCCCACCGGCAGCCGUGUGAGGUGGUGGAGCUCUUCAAUGGCUACACCAAGGAACAGCUCAAAGAGACCAUCCGCUUUGACCAGAAAAUCAGCACUGCCUGCAAGACACUGCUCUACAAGCUCUUCACAUCUGACUAUAUCCAGAGCCACUCCAUCACGGGGCGAAGGGGCAACACUUUCCGAGAGGCGAAGCCCAUGAUGGAUGAACGCUGCAUCAAAAUUAUUAGGGUGCUGUUGAAGCAGAAGUUUGGAGAUCACCUCAGUGACACAGUGAUCACGGAGAAGAUUCAAAAUGUGCAGAAAGCCCUGAGGCAGAAGUUUAAGACAGAAUGUCUCUGAUACGUGGAGGACUUGGUGUCUCCUCCUACCCACGCUGCCUGGUGUACCUGAGCAGUCCUCCCCAGAAUAAACCAGUCCAAUCUGCUGCUGUUCGGCUGAUUCCCCCCAGAGGAGCCAACCCCAGUGAACCCCGCGCUAAGCACAGCAUCAACCUUUUGCUGCCAAACCUCUGCCUGCAUUAAUCGAGCGGGAAGCUUGCCCAGCUUGGCCAGGGUUUUGCACAUCUGCUAGCGCUUUACAAGUUCCUCCCCGUGCAGCGUGUGUGCGAGCCUCGCUGCGGGGUGCAUGGAACGAUCUCUGGGCGGUUUUGAUGGACACAAGCACAAAAGCUUGAGGGUUCCCGUCGGGUCCGAGGAUGGGUCAGUAAAUCAGCUUUGUUCCACCCUGCAGUGGGUUAGGGAGGAAGAUUGGCUCUGGGGUAGAGAGUCCAGCUGCAGACCCGACGCGGCUUCUCUCUGCAUGCCUGUGGUUGCCUCCUCCUGCCUGUGGGACAAUAUUUGCUCUCUGCUCCCAGUGAAUGUGUUUUACAAUUACCUGUAGUAACAGAAAGGCCAGACUCAUUAAAACAACACGAUAAAACAUUCAGAGAAAGAUUUUUUUUUUUUAAAUUUUAUUUUUUUUCCCCCCCUCUGUUUUAAUGUAGCUGUAUGGAAGAAGUGUCGUCACUAACAGAAGUCUGUUGAACGAGAGAAGAGGUUGUCACCCAUGGAAAUUACGCUGAUUUUCCUUUCAAAACCAUAUUAUUUCCAAGGAGAAAUCCUGUACAUUUUUAUGACAUAAGUGCGGGGGAAGGAGGGCAAAAUAUGGCCCACUGUAGCUACACCUUUCCUUCAAAGAUCAGACACACUAUCAACACAGUCUCUAUAAUUUAAAUAUAGUAUUUAUAUCCUAGUUAAUAAGUUCCAGGUACAACCAAGGAUUUUGCUGUGUGAGAGGCUAUAGAGAAGGGCUAGAAAGAGUCAUUUUCCUAAAUAGUUCACAGAUGGAGUUUAGGUGAGUUAAAAGCGUUUUUAACAUUAAAAGAAUAAGAUGCUGACCUAAUAGAAGUGCUGCAAAAUACCAAACGUUCCCUUUUAAAGAGGCUUCUCAGACAAGAAAUGGGUUUUCUAAGUUUAAUUUUUAAAUUACUUCGGAAAGGAAAUGUCAGUUGCUUUGGAUUGAUCAAAACA